AUGGAGAUAAUGGAUCAUUUAGAACGCCAAAAACAGAGCAAAGUAGAGAAAAAGAGAGAGAGAGAUUUGCUGAAGAAUAUAAGCUCCGAUUCGACACGUGGUGAUUUGUUAUUGGACAGCCGUCAUUGGCGUUUUGUGUUUCGAUCAGUCCAAGUUGAGUUAAGCUUCUUCGGUAUCAGUCAGUUAGUACAAGAUAAACCCACUUUAUUCGGGAGGAAAUAUCAUGAGUGUGCGGGUAGCUUGAACGGUGUGAAUUUAAUGAGCAGAGGAAGGGUUGUGGUUUUUAAAAUAGAAGAGUCCCACUUGAGCUCAUCGGAUUCUGAAACAUCUGGAGAUAAAAUAUGCUUUGGAUAA